UUCUUUCUAGCUAUACAUCUUGAGUGCUACAUACCCACCCUGAGAUGAUCGUUGGUAAAUCGGCGGCUCAGCGGCGAGAGCAACUGACAUCCACAUCCACCGUCAGUUCAGUUCAGUGAGAUUUCCCAUCGCGUUCGGAAACACAGAUUUGGGCGCAAGUCGAACGGGAAAACGGAGCUCUACCAUAGCGGAGGGCAACUCGGCUGCGGAGGCGGAGUUUGAAGCAGGCCCCGGCGUCUCCGGAAGAUGGAGGACAGCAAGCCACUGUUCGAGAGCAAGCACUGCCUCUCGCUAAAAUGUGUUCUAUUUCUAUUCUAUGGAGGUUUGGGAUGCAUCUAUCCCUUCCUCCAGUCCAAUAUGGCCCACAAGGGCUUUGACUUCAACGAGAUCUACUCGAUAUCGGUCAUCAUUCCGAUUGCGGCCCUGUUCGGUCCGUUGGUGUUCGCCGUGCUGGUGGACAAAUGGGCCACGUCCAGCGCGUUUGCCUAUGGCAAGCGGGUUCGCAUCCUGACGGCGGUAAGUCUGAUCGCAUCGAUCGUACUCUACGUGCUGCUGAUGUUCGGUGUCAGCCGGAAUCCUCCUCCGGGCGUGUGCUCGCCCCGGGUGAACUUCAUGUGCAACAAGAAGGGAGCUUACCUGAUGCAGGAGAAAUGCACGGCUGAAGGUGUGUGCCACGAUUGGGACUACAAUAAGGCUGGAUUGCUGAGCUUGGAAAACUGUGCCUACAAGUGCCAGCAGGAUGUUCAAUUCGACAGCACUUGCUAUCAACGCUUGGAGCUGGACAGACGCUUGGCUUCCGUUCAGGAUCAGGACAACGAUGGUGACGAUUCCGGCGAUGUGGUGGAAGAAUCGGAAACAAUUCGUGCGGACGAGGGAAGCGGCGAUGGUGGUACACCGAACAGCAAUGAUCUGGACGGGGAUGGUAUUCCUAACGAUCAGGAUCCGGAUGACGAUAAUGACGGAAUCCCGGACUCGCAGGAUAACGACGACGACAAUGAUGGAAUUCCGGACGCGGAAGAUAUGGACGAUGACAACGAUGGAGUUCCGGACAGUAAAGAUCCGGACUCGAAGAUGCUGGCGAACGAUUUGGAUGGCGAUGGAAUUCCAAAUGAUCAGGACGACGACGAUGAUAAUGACGGCAUUCCGGAUGCUCAAGACGAUGACGAUGACAACGAUGGAAUCGUCGAUGCUGAGGAUGAAGAUGAUGAUAAUGAUGGCGUUGCGGAUAGCGAGGAUUCUGAUUCAAAAUCUCGUGGCAAUGAUCUUGAUGGCGACGGAAUCCCCAAUGAUAAGGAUGACGACGAUGAUAACGAUGGUAUCCCGGACAGUGAAGAUCUAGAUGAUGAUAACGAUGGUGUUCCUGAUGUCCAAGAUACUGACGAUGACAAUGACGGUAUUCCGGACUUCAAAGAUAAGGAUUCGAAAUCGAAGAUUAAUGAUUUGGAUGGAGAUGGUAUUCCUAAUGAAGAAGACGACGAUGAUGACGGAGAUGGAAUUCCAGAUGCAGAAGAUGACGAUGAUGAUAAUGAUGGAAUCAAGGAUGACGAGGAUAUCGAUGAUGACAACGAUGGUAUUCCGGAUGAUAAGGAAGGUCAGCCCAUAAGCAACGAUCUUGAUGGAGAUGGUAUCCCCAAUGACGAGGACGAUGAUGACGACAAUGACGGCAUCCCAGAUACGGAAGAUCAGGAUGAUGAUAAUGAUGGUAUUCCUGAUGCUGAAGAUGUUGACGAUGAUAACGAUGGCAUUCCGGAUAUUUUGGAUGCUAACUCUCGUAAUGCUAAUGAUCUGGACGGUGAUGGUAUUCCGAAUGAUCAAGAUGAUGAUGAUGACAAUGAUGGUGUUAAAGAUGCGGACGACCAUGAUGAUGAUAACGAUGGAAUUCCGGAUGCCGUGGACAAUGAUGACGAUAAUGAUGGAAUUCUGGAUAAUGAUGAAGAUUCGUCCAAAUAUGCCGCACCGCAGAUUUGCCAUGACCCUGCGGUUGAUAGCUCGGACGAAGAUGACGAUGACGAUGAUGAUGAGCAAUGUUAUACGUAUAGUGGAAAGAAAAUCCAAGUUAAGGCAUCCGUUGACGAACACAGCGAGCGGGAUGAUGUUGAGGAGUGCCUGUAUCCCUUAGAUGGAUUUAAGUGCCACAUUGAUAAAGCCUGGGUUAAAGAGCAAGAACAGGGCUGUAAGCCUGUCAUUGAAUGUGCUCUGGGUGACCCAUAUUCACACAACACAAGUCUUCUCUACGGAACUGAAUGUGACGGCGAUGAAGACAAUGACGGUGACGAUGAUCGUGGCGAUUCGACGUACUAUUACUACUUGUCGGUCCGCUCCCUGCUGGACUUUUUCUUAUUGUCAGCUCUCACUUUGUUCAACACCAUUAUCAUCGUUACCACCCGAGACGCAUCCACGGGAAUCGCCGAUUUCGGACGCCAGUUGGUUUGGGGAGCGAUUGGUUGGAUCAUCUUCUUCAACGACGAUUAUGAGCAACCGUACUUCUGGUUCAUCAUCCUGAACACGAUUGCUGCCGUUAUUUUGCUCAGUCCCCUUCAGAUGGAUCUUUCACCUCCCGAGGAAUGGUGGAAGUUCAAGACUGUUCCGCAGAAGUUCUUUUCCGCUCCGGCAUUCAUCAAGUAUGCCAAACAGUGUUGGCUACCUUUCCUUAUUACCGUUGGCCUGGGAUCGCUGUGGAGCAUCAUCGACUCGAUCGACAAAUCGCACAUGGUGGACAUCCCUAAGGACGCCUCAGCCGAGGAACCCGUCUUCAGAACCGUUUUCAGAACCAUUUUGUUGGCCGGUGAUCUUCUCGCCAUUCCGGCAUUGAUUUUCUCUCAGCGAAUCAUCGAAGUCUUCGGCACCUGUAAGAUCCUCGUAGCGGCUUUCCUCGCGUUGGUGCUACGUUUCAUUUUGCUGGCAAUCUUUGACUGGGAAUACUGGGAUAUCAUCGAGGAUGCCUUACUUCCGGCCACUCUCGGUUUGACCUGGGUAACCCUCGUGCUGCACUUCCGCGAUGUACUCCCGCGAAAGGUAACCGCCAUCGCCCAGUCUUUGCCGGUGAUUGCACACUUUGGAUUUGGUCGGUUCUUCGGGGCUUUGAUCGGUAUUGAAUACCAUUACGAUGAUCUGGAAAAUGACUAUGAGAUUUUGGCUGGAUGCCUGUUUGCCAUUACAAUCAUUAGCAUCGUGCUGUAUCGCUAUCGGGAGAUGGUCCUGAGCUACGUCGGGCAGUACAUACCGGCGUUGAAGCCAUGCGAAAAGGAGAAGGUUGUAAAGGUUGGAAAAGGAGAAACCGAUGUUUGAUGUGGCUGACUGUAGGAUAACUAUCGGAUAGAUGAAAUGUUGUAUAGGGGAUCUCUGCGAACUUUCGGAAAAGCGGAAAGGGAGAGAUGGUAACGAAUCGGGAGGUUGGGACGCUAGUUUAAGCAAAGCGGUUGUGUUUGAGAUUUAAGUUUUAUUUGUAACAUUUUGUUAACUUAUACACAAGACAUGUUUAGAUGUGAAUAAAGACUUUGUUGAUUGGCGUUAAUAAAAGAGUAGAACUCUA